CUUUGUGUGAUCUAACGGUCAGAGUCCAACCAGAGACAUUCAGAGAUAUUCUGGAUGAUUAAGUAAUGGAUUCUGACUAUCACCAGUUUGGAUCGCCUGAUAACAGCCAUGGAGAGCCCAAAAUGGCUGCACAAACAGUGUUUGCAGGUAUGAAGAAGAUAGUGGUGUAUAUCCUUUAUGGAGUCCUGGUGGUGCUGCUGUUAAUUCUGCUGAUGGUCACUGGGGUAAAAUUCUCCCAGUUAAGCAAGGAAAUCACUGAUGUCAAACUCAACAUUAAGAGAAUCAUCAAUGGAGGCACAACUGCAUCACACAGCUCAGGUGCAGAAUUUACUCCGGAGGUUCCCUUGCCGGAACUUGUCCCAGUCAGAGGAACCUGUAGGGAAGGAUGGGUGUCUUUCCAAAGUAACUGCUACCUGAUAUCCACCACCAGCCUGACCUGGAGCAGUGCAGAGAAGCAGUGCCAAACACAUGGAGGACACCUGCUGGUUUUCAAUAGUGUGGAGGAACUGGACUACAUUUCGAAAAUAGUUCAAAUCAGAUAUGACUACUGGGUUGGACUUGUGGAGCGACGACAUGAGGGACACUGGAGCUGGGUGGAUGGAACUGACUUCAGUUCAACCAAGACUUUCUGGGAUGAAGGUCAGCCUGAUGACUGGGACUAUCGAGAGAACGGAGAGGACUGUGGGCAGAUUCACAGUUCUCGAAUACGCAAACGCAAGAUGUGGAAUGACGCAGACUGUAGCCUGGACUAUCGAUACAUCUGUGAAGCCAAGGCAUGAGAGACAGUAGACCUGUCUGAAUCACUGAAGCCUCACCAACAUGCAGGCCUUGCAUACACAGUAUAUUGUGAGGUUUUGGUUUGACAAUAAAAUAGUAAUGAUGAAUACAAUGA